UGUGUAAGCUUAAAGGGGCCCAAGUCACCGCCGUGUCGGGCAGAGCAGCAGUCGGAGAUCGCUUUAGCCAGAUUUUCGAAAUAGCUAUGAAUCUCAUACUGGUUUUUGCUAUGGUUUUACAAUUGGUUUUGGCCUCAUCAAUUAAAGAAAAAAGCAUUUUCGAUGGUAUCCAUCUGGUCAUGGAAAGGAGUUCAGGUGAUGUAGUCCAUUAUCGCCCGGCUCGUGGCGUUCUGCAGGAUGAAGCAGUUUCAGCCACAAUAAAUGGUAAUACUCACCGAACCAGAAACAAUCGAAAGUCGAACAAGUCGCAAGAGCAUUUCCAGCAGGUAAGUGGGCCCAAGCCGGGUUCUAGGAAAAUAUUGACUGCCGAAAGUGGCAGUGAAGCAUCACAGCUAUCACAACCGAACCACAAACAAGGCCACAAGAACCCAGAUAGACAACAACGUCAAGGAUCCAAGCAGCAGCAUGUUCAUGGCCAGCAUCAUGGAGGGAAAAAGACUGGACCGAAGGCGAAGACGUCAGAGAACGGGUCGACUUGUCGUUAUGCGAAAAGUGCCUGGUCAAAUUGUGAUGAUAAAACGAACUUGCGCUCCCGGGUUUUAUCUCUGAGGAAAGGAGAACAAAACUGCUUGCCAACACGGACUAUACAAAAAAAGUGCAAGAAAGGUUGUCGUUAUGAGAAGGGAACAUGGUCGCAAUGUGUUGACGGACAAAUGACCAGGAAGGAUAAGUUACAAGCAGAGCCAGCCGGUGGCAGUGACCAGAGCUGUAAUCCUGUCCGUACCGUCAACAAGAAUUGCAAGGCGAAUGAUAAUGCUAGUGGAGGAAAGCAACACGGCCAGAAUCGCGGCACAAAAGAACGGAAACAGAAAAAGAGUGCUGGACGCAUUUCUUCUCACGAUCCAUGAUCGUUUGAAAUUAAUAAUUUUAAGCAUACUAUAUAACAAGAUUUAUACCAUUUUAAAAGAAAUUUUUUAGUUGUUUUGUAAAAACAUACAUAAAAUGCGGUUUAUUCAAA